AAUAUUAAAGAAUAAAAAAGAAGAAAUUAAUUAAUUAAUAGCUUUAGUAAAUAAAACAAUUAAAACAAAUUAGGAAUGAAGCAAAUUUUAUCCAAGUUAUGGGGCAAUCUCUAAUAACCCACUGAUUUAUUAAUGAAAGCUAUAUAUUGGGGUUACCUCCCUUUAAUUAUUUACUUAGGUUUUAAGUCAAGAAACGAAUUACCUUAAAUUGGUAUGUGA